AUGGCUGCUGCAGACCCUGUCCUGCCCCCCGAGGAGGUGGCUUUGCUGGAGCUGGGGAAAGUGGGCCUGGGUAAGGUGCCCCCAGCCCCGGAUGAACACCUCGAGGACCCUGAUGCCACCCUGCCGUGGGACCGGUGCCAGCACAGCACCCAGGGCCAGCCAGAGUCUGCGGAGGCAAAGAGGCGCUCGAGUCCUGAGGGGGGCCGCGAAGACCCCGAGGAAGCUGCUCCCACCUGCCCCCCAGCUGAGGCCAGAGAGGAUGAGGAAGGCCCUGGGCUGCCCGUGACGGCGGCCCACGUCUUCGUGCCCAUCGACCCGCAGUGCAUCGAGCAGAAUCCCUGCAAGCAGAAGCAGCACCCCGCUCCGUGGCCCCAGCAGGAGGGCAGGGGGGAACCAGUUCCUCCCAGCAACAGACCCAGCAGCCUCCACCACAAGCAGGUCUUCCUCCCCCUCGGCCCCUCGCGCUACCGGGACCCCCUGGGCUUUGAGGGGCGCGUGGCCAAGCCCCCGGCCGAGGGGCCGCAGUGCCCGUGUGGCUCCGACAACCUCAAGGCCGUGGCGUCGGUGGCGGGGGCCCUGCUCCUCUGCCCCUGCCUCAUCUACGGCGCCUACGUCUUCCUGCCCUUCGACGCCCCGCUGCUGCCCACCGUCAGUGCCCGCCUGGUGUACGCGCUGCGCUGCUCCGCCUUCGCCACCUUCCCCGUGGUGCUGGGGAUGAUCAUCAGCGGCAUCUCCCGCCUCUGCUCCUCUGCCCUGGAGCCCUUUGGGGAGCUGCAGCGGGAGGUGGAGAUCCACCGCACCUACGUCUCCCAGUCCAUCCAGCUCUUCAUCCUCUACUUCCUCAACCUGGCCGUUGGUUUCACCAGCGCUCCCGGGCAGGGAGGAAUCCUGGCCCAGCGGGACUUUGACAGGAGGUUCUCCCCUCACUUUGUAAGUGCCUUUCAGCCGACAGUGGAAAUGGCUCUGCAGCAGCUGCAGCCCAGCAGUGGGUUCCUGCUGCUCGUGGUGUGUGUG